CAUUGUAGUUGAAACAGAGGAAGUAAAAUCAUGCAUAUGCAACAACCUCAUUUAGGCAACCCUAUUCCUUUUCCUCUCAAGACAAACCAAAUUCCCUUUACAAACUCACAGUUCAACAAAACCAGAUAAACAUAGUAAAGAUCACAAAUAGUAUGAUAUUCUUACGUUACAACAUCACUAUCUUCCUCAAAAUUCCUUCCCUUUACUCGGUUACACUUCUUUCCUUUUAUAGAAAGUGCAGAUAAUUGAAUGGAUACAAUGAACAUCUAUGAAUAUCAUAAGCUCAGCAGAAUUAUGCAAUCACUUUGUGAAAUUUCCGUGAUGAAAUGGAUACUCAUAAACUGCAGGGGUCUAUAGGGACGAGUGCCAGUUUAGCUUUGAGGCUAGGACAGGCUAUUUUCUCUGCCGCUUCACUCCUUUUCAUGUGUUUGAAUGUUUCUUACUACAGCUACAGCUACCCUCCCUUCUGCUUUUUGGUGGCAACCAUGAGUUUCGUAACGCCAUGGAACUUGGGUUUAGCAGUGAUUGAUGCAUUUUCGCUGUUGGUUAAACGCUCAUCUCAUCAGCCCGGAAUAUUACCAUAUCUUGUUGGAGUAGAUUGGGUUCUUUCGUUUCUGUCACUGGCUACGGCGUGUUCCUUAGCUAGUGCCACUGAUUACUUGAUUGCUUCUGGUGGUAGUCCAUAUUGCAAUUGGAAUAUGUGCAGACGAUAUCAACUCUCUGCUGCCAUGGCUUUCUUGUCUUGGAUUUUGUCAUUGGCGUCUUCUCUCUUCAAUCUUUGGCUUCUUCUUCCUACGGUAUAUUUGUUGCAUCUCUGAUCCUGGACCUCCUGAUUAGCUCUUAAUUUAACACAUAUGUAGUGAGUAAAGAUUGUCAAAUUAAUCACAUCUCCAUCUUUGCUAUCUCUCUGAUAUAAUUUGGUAUGAGGCCAAAUGAGAGACCAUGUAAAACCUCACCGAGACUUUGUGCUAUGAUCUUAGAAAGGAUAUUAGAAUUAUACUCAUUGCUUUAGAGUAUUUGGUCCAUUUAUUGAUGGGUAAACUAUGGGGAUCAUUGAACUCGUUCGUGGUGGACUCACUAUCUACUGCUUGGUAAUAUCGUUGAAGUCUCUGUCCAUGAACAAAUCCUUUCUCAACUCCUCAAUGACCGCUAUUCAAAGAGAAGCUUUUAUAUUAGA